CCUCAGUCUCAGAUCUACUUCAAAAUUGAACAAGCAGAAAACCCCAACCACCUCCUCUCUAUGAACUUCAGAGGGAGCUAGAGAGAGAGAGAAAGAGAAGCUAGAGAGAGGGAGAUGACAGGAGUUGUGGUGGUCUCCAAUGGCUGCAGGGGUGGGAAGAGAGUUAAGAGGGAAGUAGAGAGGGAAAGCCAGCUCUCUGCGCUUGCAUUGCUAAUGGCUACACUUAGGAAAUCUAUGGUGCAUUGCCGGUUGAACACCGCGGAUGAAGCAAUCUCGGCUGUUGAUCGGAUGGAGAUCGGAUGGCCUACGGAGGUUCGACACGUUGCCCACGUGACCUUUGAUAGGUUCCAUGGCUUCGUCGGGCUUCCUGUUGAGUUUGAGGUUGAAAUUCCUUGCAAAGCUCCAAGUGCGAGUGUAAGUGUUUUUGGUGUAUCUGCUGAAUCUAUGCAAUGUGGCUAUGAUUCUAACGGUAACAGUGUCCCAACAAUUCUAUUGCUAAUGCAGGAGAGACUGUACUCACAAGGAGGUCUCAAGGCUGAAGGAAUAUUUAGGAUAACCCCCGAGAAUAGUGAAGAGAAGGAAUUAAGGAACCAGUUAAACAUGGGAAUCAUACCAGAUGACAUCGAUGUCCAUUGUUUGGCAGCCCUAAUAAAGGCAUGGUUCAGAGAGCUUCCAGAGGGAAUACUUGAUAGCCUAUCUCCAGGACAAGUUCUUCAGUGUGAAUCAGAGGAGGAUUAUGUUGAUCUUGUGAAGCUGCUUCCUCCAACACAGUUUGCACUCCUCAAUUGGGCUGUUGAUCUCAUGGCUGAUGUGGUUGAAGAAGAGGAAAUGAACAAGAUGAAUCCAAGAAAUAUCGCCAUGGUAUUUGCUCCAAACAUGACUCAGCUUUCAGAUCCCCUGACAUCUUUGAUGCAUGCUGUUCAAGUUAUGAAUCUUCUCCAGACUCUAAUCUUCAGAACUUUAAGAGAACGUGAUGAUGCAGCACUAUUGGAAGGAUAUUCACUCUUUUCAUCUUCGAUUUCAUCUGAAGGUGACAUGGAUGACGAAAACGGUGAAUUAAAGGAUAGCAGUUCAUACAGUUUUGAUGAUGAAGUGUGUUGCAAUUUGGAGGAACAAACUUCUGAUUUCCAAUUUAGUUUCAAUACGAGCAGCGUUAAUGAAGUAAUUGGAGGUGCUAGUACUAAUGAUGUAGUCGAAGUUACUGAGAACAUUGAAGAAUGCUUCUUAAAGCAACUAGAAUUGGGCUUGAAGGAAGUUAAUGGUGAUCAGGAAAGAGAAUUUAGCUGCCCUGUAUCGAAUCCUGAGUCUAGUAUUUCCACAUCUGAAGCUAAUCAAGAGAGAAGAUCAGCUGUAAUUAAUGAAGUGGGAUCUACAGAUUUUGAGGACAUUGAGGAAGACAAAGCAGUGGAAAUGAUAGUUGAAGCGCUAAAUUUGUCUACCGUCAAGCUAUCUACAGCGAUUGAAGAUGACCAAGAAGUUAAAAAGGUGGUGAAGGUCCUAAAUUGCUCCUCCAUGAAUAGAUCAUUUUCUGCUGAAAAUGAAAACAACCAAGAAGUAAAAGAGGCGACGGGGGCACUAAAUUUGUCGCGAAUGAGUAGAUCAUUUUCUUACUGAUAAUGGACUAUAAGGUUCAGUCUGUGUUCAUGCAAGAUCAUUGGCUUUAAUCUCACGAGCCAGGGUUUGGAAGAUUAAGAAAAUAUAGAACAAUGGUCAUGAAGGAUUGACCGGUAAGUUUAUAUACGGAUUGAACAUCAGAAAAACUACUCAAACUCAAAUGUUGCUAGGGGUUCAGAUGGUCAGUAUUGUAUUUUCUAAUUACUGAUGAUAGUUCUCAGUCCCAAUUUUGUUUUUGUUUUUUUCCUUUUCUUUUCUUUUUUCCCCUUAUGCUUCAUCCCCUUACUGUAAUAUUCUGUACACUGGACGUGUUUCUUGUAUUUCAACAUCUUCUACUCUUCUUCAAAUAUAUUGUACUUGCAUUUGCCUUAACUUGAUCAA